AUGGAUACAAUUGAUUCUCUAUUGCAAUGGGCGGCUGAUCAAGGGGUCGUGCUCGAUGGCGUCCGCCCAAGCAGGAUCCCAGGUCGUGGGCUGGGCAUGGUGGCCACUCGCCACAUCCACAAAGGAGAGGUGCUCAUUGCAGUUCCCACGCCGGCGAUCCGAAGCCGGCACACGCUGCCAAAAUCGCUCAUGGGCAAGGCACCAACCAACAUGACACUCCACGGGCUGCUGGCGGCAGACCUCCUGCUCCAUCCGCCGGACGUGGCCGCCUGGGGCACGCUGGUGCCGUCUCUGGCCGAUUUCGAGAGCAGCACGCCGUUCUUCUGGCCCGAGACGCUGCAGGAUCUCCUGCCGCCCGAGGCCAAAAAGCUGCUGCGCACCCAGCAGCAACGGUUCCGGCGCGACUGGAGCCACGCCCACGCGGGCUUCCCCAGCGUCGCGGAGCAGGACUACCUGUACGCGUGGUUCCUCGUCGGCACGCGGUCCUUCUACUACCAAGUCGACGAGACGCUGCCGUACCCGUGGCACGACCGGCUGGCGCUGCUGCCGGUGGCCGACAUGUUCAACCACGCGUCGGUGGGCUGCGCGGUCGCCUUCUCGACCGAGGUCUACGAUGUGACGGCGGACCGGGACUACGAGGCCGACGAGGAGCUGUACACGUCGUACGGCGCGCACUCCAACGACUUCCUGCUGGCCGAGUACGGCUUCAUGCUGCAGGACAACCCCCACGACCAGCUCUGCCUGGACGCGGUGCUGCUGGCCAGGCUGUCCGCGGAGCACAAGGCCGCGCUGCUGCAGAGAGGCCUGCUGGGCGACUGGAUGCUGCGCGCCGACUUGGGGCUGCCGUCGGACACGGUCUGGACCGCGAUGCGAGGGCUGACGGGCACCGCUGCGCCGGCAUGGGAUGACUGGAAAGAGGGAGGGGAGGACGCGCAUGGGAGCCUGGCCGAGGCGCGCGCGAUGCUGCCGGGGAUCCUGGCAGAAGUUCGAGGGCAGGUCGACGACUACCGUCGCAGGAUCACGGAACUGCGGGACGGUGCCAACGCGGCCAAGAUGGACGUGUUAUUGCAAAGGUGGAAUGAGAUGGACGAGGUGGCGCGCAAGAUGAUGGAGUAG